AUGGCGGACGAUUCGAGCCGGCCCCCGUCCAGCUUACGGAUAGUGUCCCUCAAUUGCUGGGGCCUGAAAUACAUUGCCAAGCUUCGCAAUGAGCGCUUGACAGAAAUCGGGAACCAGAUCGCCGCGGCAGAGCAUCCACCAGACAUUGUCGGCCUCCAGGAGUGCUGGACGCAGCAGGAUUACAGUACUAUCCGAGACAAGACCCGCCAUUUGCUUCCCUAUGGGAAGUUCUACCACAGCGGCAUAUUCGGCGGCGGACUUGUGAUUUUGUCAAGAUGGCCUAUUGAAGAGAGCAGCAUGACGCAGUAUCCGCUCAAUGGACGACCUGCGGCCUUCUACCGCGGAGAUUGGUUUGUGGGGAAAGGGGUGGCAUAUGCGCGGAUACGUAUGGGACCGACGCGAAGAGAUAUUGCGGAAGUUUUCUGCACGCAUCUCCACGCCCCUUACGAAUCCGAGCCUUUCGACUCCUAUCUCUGCCACCGAACAGCCCAAGCAUGGGAGAUUACUAAACUUAUGCGUGGAGCAGCCGAACGCGGUCACCUUGUCAUCGGAUUGGGCGACUUCAACAUGAUACCCCUCUCGCUCGCCCACCGUAUAAUAGAGACACAUUCCCCGGUGCGGGAUGUAUGGCGAAUACUUCAUCCCGAUUCAUCGGUCGGUGCGGCAAGAGACAAUGUGGAGCAGCUUCGCGACAAGCCGAUGCCCAACGCGGAGUUUAACCUGACGAAGAAUGGAGCCACAUGCGAUAGCGCGCUCAAUACAUGGCGGUGGAAUAAAGCUCACAAACAGCGCCUUGAUAAAGGGGAGAAUGUGCAAAUUCCGUCAUCAGUAGACGAUCCGAAUGCGAAGAGGCUCGAUUAUAUCUUCUUCAGUAGCGGAGAACACCACGAUGCCACAACCGGAACGCGGACCGCCGAGUGGACGCUUAAGGAAGCCAAUGUGGGCAUGACUAUGCGGCAUCCCAAACUCUUCUGCUCCCUCAGCGACCAUUUUGCUGUUGAAGCAACCUUAGUCAGGAGUGUGAAGGCGCCGUCAUCUUCGAACGGCCCUUGGGCACUACCGGAGACUUAUCUUCCAAUCGAGGUUUACGACGAGAUACUGGCGACAAUAGUCAAAUACCAAGGGCGAGAGUGCACUCAGCGAAGACUGCGGUUAGGCCACUUUGGCUUUCAGUUCCUCCUCACGGUUGGGUGCCUUAUCGGCGUCUGGUGGUCUCCGCAUAACUACGUUUCCUUUAUCUUGAUACUUGUCAGCUCGCUCAGUCUGAGCGUCGGCGUUAUCGAUGGUCUUAUGGGAGGGCUAUUUGUCUCGAGCGAGCUGAGAGCUCUAAAGGAGUUUGAGUGGGAGGUCAAGAACACGAGAGAAAGGGCGCUCGCAAAAGCAGAGAAACACAUAAGGUUCAACUCGCCGUCUUCAGCUGCAACUAGAACAAUGUGCAUCUCCAUCCGUCUUUCCCGUCUUCGCACAGCGAAGGUCCACAGGCGUCCGCGCCGUUGCUCCUCCAGCAUGAGCAACCCCCAGCCGCAAGGAGCCCAAGGCCCAGGGCAGGCACAGGGGCCGCAGCUGCUGAAAGCGGACGACGUGCCGAAGCUGCAAUGCUUGACCGAAGACAUGAAGCAGAAGUACCGGCCGGUGGUGCACAACCUAUGGCAGAUCAUGCAAACAAAGCCGGCUGGUACCAUCGAGCACAACCAGGCGCGCCAGAAACUGCAGGACUGGUCGUCCAAGCUCAUUACACAAGAGCGGACAUACCGCGCGAAGCUCAAAGCGCAGCAGCAGGCCAGCCAAGGCCAGCCAAACCAGCAAAACCAGCAGCCGGGCCAGGCAAGCCAGCAGGCCUCUCAUCAACCCGCAAACGAGCAGCCGCAGCCGCAGCAGCAGCAGCAGCAGCCCGCCCCGCCGAUGCAGCAGCCUCCGAACCCCGCCCAAGGACAGCGUCCGCCGCAGCAGAACCCGCAGAACCAGGUUGAUCCCGAGAUCAUCAAGCAUGUCCAGACCUUCAAGUACUACCUGCCGCUCGACGGCCCGCAGGAGGGAACGCAGGCGUACGACACGAAGAUAAAGGAGAUGCGGAAUAGCUAUCUCAUGGCGCUGAACCGGCAGCACCGCGCGACGCAGCGCAUCAAGAUCCUGGGCAACAUGAUGGAGCAGCGGCAGAAGAUGGGCCAGGAAGUCCCCGCGGAGCUGCUCAGCCAGAAAGCCAACCUGGAGAAAGAGUACGGCUCCGCAAAGGACUUUGUCGAUAGAUUCAGGGACAAGCAGAAGAACUACAAGGCCGAGCACGAGCAGCGACGCUCUGGUGGCUCCCAGGGCCAAGGGCAGGCACCCCAGCAGGCUCAACAACUGCCCGCGCAGCAGCAGCGUCAACCCUCUCAGCCGAACGUCAAAGAGGAGCCGCAGAUUAAGAUGGAGGCGGGCCAGAUGUCGCUGCCGCCCCAGGCGCAGCACUUUGGCGCCAUGCAGGGCGGCGCUGCACAGCAAACGCAACAACCGCCGCUGCAGAGCGCGCAGGUACCCGCACCUUCACUUUCUCAGCAACCCAUGCGACAGCCGCCCGCACCUCAUUCACAGCAGGCCCAGCCGCCAAACCAGCACCCGCAGUUCGCGCAGCCAGGCCAACCGCAGCCCCAGCAGCAACCGCCGCGACCUCAGAUAAAUCCUCAACAAGCGAACGCGCACCAGCACCAGGCGAGCAACUCACCGCACCCGCAAUCCGCAAGCUCCAAUCCCGCAGGCCCUCCCGUCCCGCUCUCUCACCAGGCUGCUAUAAGCGCGGCGCAGAGAUCGUACUCAAAUCCCGACGCUCAGCGCACUACGACCCCAAUGCAGCCCGGCGGACAAGGCAGCUUCCACGCCCCCGGCAGUCGUGAGCGCGAGCAGCUGAACAACCCCAAGAUGCCGAUACCACGCCAACUGACCGUCACUCAGCCCACACCUGUGGGUAUGGGUCAGGCGCGUCCGACAAUGAGUGGCCCCACCAACGGUGCUCCUGGCCAGAUGGGCCAGCCCGUGCUCUCCAAGUUUCCCCAGUUCCAGCUCGAAGGCGAGGGCGAUCGUGUGCUUAGCAAGCGCAAGCUCGACGAGCUCGUGCGCCAGGUCACCGGCGGUUCGGAGGAAGCGCUCACCCCGGAGGUCGAAGAGGCUGUCCUCCAGCUCGCGGACGACUUCGUCGACACCGUCAUUAGCAACGCCUGCAAGCUCUCCAAGCUCCGCGAGUCUCCGCAGCUUGAUGUUCGCGAUAUCCAGCUGGUGCUCGAACGCAACUACAACAUCCGCAUUCCGGGCUAUGCUUCCGACGAGGUCCGAACGGUGCGCAGGCUGGUGCCCGCCCCUGGAUGGACGCAGAAGAUGAAUGCAGUCCAGGCUGCCAAGGUCAUGGGUGGAAAGACGGACAUUUGA